UUCACUCGUAAUAAAUUACAGAAUACCCCGUUUGAUAACCUUUAUGUAGUAAAGCCAUGUGACUGCGGAACAGGCUCAUUGAGUUGCUCCCAGCCCAACGGAACGAAGAUCUGCACCUGCGCAGACGGUUACAAGCUUGCCCUAAAUGGAGCUAGCUGUAUCGCUCUCUCUAGCGACUUUGACCUCCUGUUCCCCACGGCCAGCACAUCAGAUUACGUGAUGCUACGAGGCACCAUGCCAAGUCUCAAUGCUCUGACGCUGGCCCUCUGGAUGCGGACCACUGACAAGACAAACGCCGGGACUCCCUUGUCAUAUGCGACGCGUGAGGCAGACGGCACGCUGCAAGACAACGCCUUCACUGUCACUGACUACAACAGCUUGGCUAUUAUUAUCAACGGGGAGUUUAUGUACAUGGAUGAGAAGCUCAACAGUGACUGCAACUGGCAUCACGUUGCCAUCACUUGGGCCAGCCUAGAUGGCCAUUGGGCCAUUUAUGUAGACGGGACUGUCAGACGGUCCGGUUAUGACUUCAAGACUGGUUCCUUCAUACAGGGAUCGGGUGUGCUGGUCCUGGGACAGGAACAAGACAGCUACGGAGGUUCCUUCGCUAAGACCCAGGCCUUUGUAGGGGAUUUAAGCCAGUUGAAUAUGUGGGACUACGCCAUGACACCUGAUGAGAUAACAACAGUGUAUUCGUCAUGUGCAGUAUCGGGUAACGUGCUUGCCUGGUCACAUGUUGCUACAGGUAUCCAAGGAGAUGUCAUCCUUGUUCAGAGCUCGCAUCUUUGUCCAGAUAUAAAUGACUGCCAGUCGUCGACGUGUCGCAAUGGUGCUACGUGUUUCGACCUGAUUGGCUCUUUCAAGUGCCACUGUGCCUUGGGUUAUCAUGGUACAAACUGUGAAUUCCUGAGUGCAUCAUGUGCCCCUGAGACCUGUCUUAAUGGCGGCAGUUGCCAUGACAACGGUUCAGUGUUGUCCUGCACGUGUGUUCCGAGUUAUUCAGGAGAAAGAUGUGAACAGCAGGACCUGUGCCUGUCAGUCACAUGCUUGAAUGGAGGCAUCUGUGUAAAUGACGGUCCUACGGCAACAUGCAACUGCACUUCGGGUUUUGUGGGUCGUAGUUGUGAGUACGAUGUAAACGAGUGCGAGUCUGACAAUGGCGGCUGUGCGCAAUCGUGCCACAACACACCAGGCUUUUUCCUCUGCAGUUGUUUCAGUGGAUUUGCAUUACAGCCGGAUGGCCAUUCAUGUAAUGAAGUCCCACUAGUAAUAACAUGUCCUGACUCAGUGAUCGUAGAAGCCGAUCUAGGACUUUCUUCUACUGAGGUCAGCUGGGACAUGCCAACUGUCCAUGGCAGGUUGCAAGGAGCAGAAGCCUUCCCCAUCACGGUCAGUCCAAGCGGUAUGAGAUCCCCUCAUCGCUUUGAGAUCGGUUCCACGGUGGUCACUUACAAGGUGACGGACGGGGCCGCCCUAAGCUCGGUGUGCUUUUUCAGAGUAGACAUUCAAGACACACAGCCACCGACAGUGGAAAAUUGUCCUGGGCCAAUUAUUGACAUCGUCUCCUCCAAAACAUUCAAAGCCGUGUCGUGGGAUGAGCCUGAAUUCGCUGAUAAUUCGAACCAAGAGCUUCAUAUCGUCAAGUCACACGAGCAAGGGGAUGAGUUGACUUGGGGUUCCCAUAUCGUGACUUACACAGCUACAGAUGGGGCAGGACUGAGCGGCGAAUGUCGCUUCACGAUUCGCCUUGGACCGUCCUCAUGUCCAAAUUACCCGGACCCGCGUAACGGCCUCAGGGCCUGUGACCAGUGGCUCUUUGGUCAGUUCUGCCGGGUUUACUGCAACGAGGCUUUUGAGUUCGCCGAGACGCCGGCUGAAUGGUAUGUCUGCUCUCGGGGUAGCUGGCGAACUCAACCACCUGGCCGGGCCACGCCUUGGCCAGAUUGCUCGGAAAGAGCAGCUGCAGACGGGUACCAACGGGGUAUGACAUCCCAGUACUACGUGAGGGACUGCUCGCUCGAAAAUACGGUUCAAGCCAUCAAAGAAGCCUUCGUUGAAGACUUCAGGGAGAGCGUAAUGGGAAGACACGGUGGCUGCGUCAUGGAUAACUCAUGCACGGUUGAGUACGUGACCGUGUACUGUGGGGAGAUUGACGAGGAAAGGCGGCGAAGAAGACGCCGUCAGACUGUCUUUGCUGACGAGACAGACCUAAGCAACAUCGUCACCUUAGAUUUCACUGUGGCAACUCGGAUCCGGUCUUCGGAUAAAACGCGAUACCAUGAUCAACUGGAACACGCCAGGCAGACACUUGAUGAAAUCAGCCGAGACUACGAACGACUUGCACAGGUUGGACAGAUGCAACUGUUGAUUGAGAGUGAAACCCUUCCCAUCGUAGAGGGCGCAGUCACGAUCAACAAAAGUGCUCCACUGUGCCGUCGUGGAUCCGUCGCAUUGAAUGAUACUGACUGCAUAAGCUGCCCUGUGGGUUCGUACUUCGACGGCAAAACAGAAACCUGCAAAGUUUGUGCUGAAGGGACGUACCAGGACGAGGAGGGACAGGAUCAAUGCAAGCCGUGUCCCUGGGGGACAUGGACCGAUGGAUCCCGAGCCAAGGACGUCAACGAGUGCCGCCUGGAGUGUAAACCCGGAACGUUCUCACCGUCUGGACUGACCACUUGCCGACCGUGUCCGAGGGGUUCCUUCCAGCCCAACUUCAAGCAAAUGGCCUGCUUGCCGUGUAUGGAAGGUACAACCACGUCAACAAAGGGAGCUAGGUCACCGAGCGACUGCCAAGUUAUCUGUGGCCCAGGAACAUUCAGUGCAACUGGACUCCAUCCAUGUCAGCCUUGCCCACUGGGAUCGUAUCAGCCUUCGGAGCAACAAGCUCGAUGCAUUCCGUGUGCGGGUGGUGGAACGACGGCUAUUUACGGUGCCACAUCUGAAGACGAAUGCAUAGAUCAACAGAUAUAACCCACAUGAUUUCGUGUUCUGUAACGUUAAUCAACGUUCAUCAUAGUUAUCCUUUAAGCCGAAAUAAGCUCACAACAAGCUAUAUAUUGGUGAAUUACUUUCGACACCUCAUCUUUACAGACUCUAAAGAUGGAGAUUUCUCGACCCGUUUCACCAAGAAACUGUCCAUAAAUCACUAAUGAAGAAAUAACCCUGUUGCUGCUCUCCAUUCGAAGCAGCACACCUUCCUUGUAAUGUUAUGGCUUGCAUGGAACCCCAUCCCAUCUUCUACACAGAAUAGAACGUACGCACUGUAUUAGACAAAACGAAGAGUGUUGCAGUCUCACUGUUCAAAUAUUUCCAUUUUUUCCUGGGCAAAGGCUCCGGCAGUGAAAUUAUCCGAGCUGUUCAGUAAUUAUCUCCCGUAAAUACGUUUAUAUCAUAUUUCUUUUCACAUAACUGAUUCCAAUUUAUGUCGCUGAAAUACAGACUAAAUAGUUUGUAAACACAAAUCAGUCAAUUUAUGGAUUUAUCUUACAGAAUUUUUUCACUCUAUCCGUCUUUUUAAAGAGCAAGUAUUUAGAGUUUAUUCCGUUAUUUUUUUCAUUUAAAAAACGGUAAAUAACAUAACAGGAAAAGUCGUCGUAAUUUUUGCUGCCGAAAAUGCUUUCCGUGUUACUUUUAAAGCAUAUUCUGUAAUUCUGUUGUUUCUUUAGAGUAUCGUGUUUCUUUGUAAGAUCAAAAUGAAAAAGACAUUAUACAUCUUUAUUUCGGGAAGUUCCAUAUGGUAAUUUCCAUUGCAUAAAAACAAAAAAGCUCCAAAUUAAAGACUACAAAUAGCAAAUCAGAUAAUGAGGACAUAUUACGGAGGUUCUAUUACAAGCGGUCUCGACUGAAUUGUGUCUGUUCCCUUGGGGAAAUAUUCACUUGAGAAGAACACAGACUACAUGAAAUUGUGGUUUAUGCAAACGACCUUAGUGACCGACCGCUUAGAAAGUGAGAAUUUACUAAAAUAAUAAGCGUAGGUUACCACAAACUGCCAGAAAUAAACUAGAAACAUGGAUGAGAGCA